CGUGUCGAGAGCGCGCCUGAGGGGAGGAGGCGGUGUGGUCUUGCCCCGCGCCCCGCCCCGCCCCCGGCGCGGCUACACAGAGCUGCGCCCACGUGCCCAGCCCGCCUUCAGCAGCGCGGCGGCCCAGGCGCUCCUCUCGGCUCAGACUAGCGAGGCAGCCGCAGCUUCUCCAGCUUCCUCGGUCCCAGGACCCUGACGCGCUUGAGCCACUCGCCAGCCACCACCCCUUUGCCGCGGCCCUACCGCUGCCACCCAUGAGAAUAGAUGGGCAUUUCUACCGGCAUAAUUUUAAAUAUUUGAACAGCAAAACAGAGGAUAAAAAUCUUUAAAUCACCCAAGAUUCCUGUUCUGUUGCUCCCCAAUUAAAUCAGGUUACCCUCAUCAGAAUGAUUCCCUGCAGAGCAGCACUGUCUUUUGCCCAAUGUCUUAUCCGAAGAAAAGUUGUCACUUUGGACAGUCUAGAAGAUACCAAAUUAUGCCGUUGUCUGUCUACCAUGGACCUCAUUGCCCUCGGUGUGGGAAGCACACUGGGUGCUGGGGUUUAUGUCCUUGCUGGAGAAGUCGCCAAAGCAGAUUCUGGUCCCAGUAUUGUUGUUUCCUUCCUCAUUGCUGCCCUUGCUUCAGUGAUGGCUGGCCUUUGCUAUGCUGAAUUUGGGGCUCGAGUUCCCAAGACUGGAUCUGCAUAUCUGUACACUUAUGUUACUGUUGGAGAACUGUGGGCCUUCAUCACUGGAUGGAAUCUCAUUUUAUCUUAUGUGAUAGGUACAUCAAGUGUUGCAAGAGCAUGGAGUGGCACUUUUGAUGAACUUCUUAGCAAGCAAAUUGGCCAAUUUUUCAGGACAUACUUCAAAAUGAACUAUACUGGCCUUGCAGAGUAUCCUGACUUUUUUGCUGUAUGCCUUAUAUUACUCCUAGCAGGUCUUUUGUCUUUUGGGGUUAAAGAAUCAGCUUGGGUGAAUAAAAUCUUCACAGCUAUUAAUAUACUCGUCCUUCUCUUUGUAAUGGUUGCUGGGUUUGUGAAAGGAAAUAUAGCAAACUGGAAAAUCAGUGAAGAGUUUCUCAAAAAUACAUCAGCAAGUACCAGAGACCUGCCUUUUGAAAAUAGUACCAGUAUUUAUGGAGCUGGUGGCUUUAUGCCUUAUGGUUUUGCAGGAACUUUGGCUGGGGCUGCAACCUGCUUUUAUGCUUUUGUGGGAUUUGACUGCAUUGCAACAACUGGUGAAGAAGUUCGAAAUCCUCAGAAAGCUAUUCCUAUUGGAAUUGUGACUUCUUUGCUUGUUUGCUUUAUGGCCUAUUUUGGAGUCUCUGCUGCUUUAACACUUAUGAUGCCAUAUUACCUCCUGGAUGAAAAAAGCCCCCUUCCUGUAGCUUUUGAAUAUGUUGGAUGGGGUCCUGCCAAAUACGUCGUUGCAGCAGGCUCCCUCUGUGCUUUGUCCACAAGUCUUCUUGGAUCCAUUUUCCCAAUGCCUCGUGUAAUCUAUGCUAUGGCGGAGGAUGGGUUGCUUUUCAAAUGUCUAGCUCGAAUCAAUUCCAAAACGAAGACACCAUUAAUUGCUACUUUAUCAUCGGGUGCAGUGGCAGCUGUGAUGGCCUUUCUUUUUGACCUGAAGGCCCUUGUGGAUAUGAUGUCCAUUGGCACUCUUCUGGCCUACUCUCUGGUUGCAGCCUGUGUUCUCAUCCUCAGGUACCAGCCUGGCUUAUCAUAUCAGCAGCCCAAGUAUUCUCCUGAGAAAGACGGCCAAGAAUUUUAUUCCACCUCAGCUUCAAAAACUGAGUCCCAGGUCACCAUGCUGCAAAGACAAGGCUUCAGCCUACGAAUGCUCUUCUGCCCUUCCAUUGAGCCUACACAAUAUUCAGCAUCUCUUGUGAGCUUUCUGGUUGGAGUCCUCGCAUUUCUCAUUUUGGGCCUGAGUAUUUUAACCACUUAUGGAGUGCAAGCUAUUGCUGGACUGGAAGCAUGGAGUCUUGCCCUUCUUGUGCUGCUCCUUGUUCUCUGCAUCGUCAUUGUUAUCAUCAUUUGGAGGCAGCCCCAAAACCAGCAAAAAGUAGCCUUUAUGGUUCCACUCUUACCAUUUUUGCCAGCUUUCAGCAUCCUGGUGAAUAUUUACUUGAUGGUCCAAUUAAGUGCAGACACUUGGAUCAGAUUUAGCAUUUGGAUGGCACUUGGUUUCCUGAUUUACUUUACUUAUGGCAUUAGACACAGCCUGGAGGGUAAUCCAAGAGAUGAAGAAGAUGAUAAAGAUUCAUAUUCAGAUAAUAUUAAUGCAGCAACAGAAGAAAAAUCUGCCAUACAAGCAAAUGACCAUCAUCCAAGAAACUUCAGUGUACCACUUGUAUUCCAUGAAAAGACAAGCGAGUGCUAAUGCUUGCAGGAGCAGAGCUGACCCUUUGUAACAUGCAUAUCCUAAAUGGAUUAAAGCACAAUGUCAUCAU